AUGAAAUUCAAAGACUUAAUUUCUUUCAGUAAUAUUUUAAAUAUGGAUUGUUUAUUGGAUGUGUUUUCUUUUUUAUCAACCUCUCAAAUUGUCAAAUUCUCAUUAAUUUCAUCCCAAAUGGCUAAAUUUUGUGAUUAUUUAUUAAAUAAAAGAAGUUUUACUCUGUGCCCUAUAAAAAUAAGUAAAGAAUGGAGAAAUAAUUUUUAUGGAAUUUAUCAAUUAAAUUAUCCGCGGAAACGUCUUGGAAAUUUAACUUUGCCUUUGGAAUCUCUUCCAGUUUGGAUUAAUGGAAUUGAAACUGUACAAUUUAUAAACCCAAAUAUUGACUGUAUUGAAUUUUUAUACUUAUUCAAAAAUUAUUUAAAUAAUUGUCAUCUUUUAUUUGCCCAAACUUCAAUUUGGAAAAAUUUACACGAAAUUGGACAACUUUUUAUAUUUUUCAAACUUUUUAAUAAUUUUUGUUUUUCUUUUGAACAAAAAUUGGAAAAUAAAUUUGACAAAAAAUUUGGAAUUAUGGGAGAAAUUUUUCCUUUCAUGUUUCCUUUGUGGGCUAUUUUUAAUGGAAUAUUUUUAAAAGAAUUGAGAGAUAUGGAAUUUCAAUUAGAAUUUUUAUAUUUUAAUGGUUCUUCUUUUUUGAAAUGGUUACACCAUCCAAGUAAUGAAAAUAAACCUAGAAGACUUAAAUUAUUUACUGGAAAUAAUGAAUGUAAAAUUAUUUUGGAUAUUUCUUCUUUAAUUCAAAAAUUAAAAGAGCAUUUUAUGUUAGCUACAGAAAAGAGAAUGUUCUACAUUCAAUUUCCUUUAAACAAUAUUGAUCGUGCUUUGUGGGGUGAAUGGAGUAAUCAAAUUGGAGAAAAAUUUAUUAUAAACAAUUGUCUAAUUUCAAGACUUCCUUUGGAAUAUUCAAACAAGAAAUUUGAAGAUUUUUAUGAAAACUUGAAUUUGCCAAAAAUUGAGAUAUUUUAUCAAAAAUAA